AUGGAAGACAAUACGGUUUCUGUUUCCCCUACGGGAACGCUGGCAGAGGCCGGUACCAUCGAGCUACCCUCGGUGGUGCAAGUCCUUUCGGGAUUGAAGACAUUCCCUCCAUAUUUCCAAACUGAAAAUGCUCGAAGCCUCUCCCUGGAGGAGCAAAAAGACACACUGAGCUCCUUGCUAGGCCAUUUGGAGAAGGUUGAGUCCGGGGGAAACCUAAAUCUAAGUGAGCUACAGGCAUCUCUUGAAGGAACCGAUGCUAUCCCCAAGCAGGACUCUCGAGCUCUGGAAAGUCUGGAGCAGAUAAAAGCUCUUCUGGAGACAUUACGGGGAUGCAAAUCGCGGUACCUGGUAGAAGCAGCGGAAGCCUUGGCAAACACCAGUCGAGACCCAUCUUAUCGUAUCCUAUACGGUCAAUCUGGGCUAUUGCAGUUUUUCCUGCAGCUUAUUGCAUCUAAAGAGCAUGUCGAAAAUGAGGUCUUGCUUCACUCAUUACGGCUAGUCGGAAAUUCUUGCGCCGACACUGAUUCAAACCGUGAAAUUGUAGUGAAAAGUGAAUAUACUGUUGCCAUUGUCCGGCAUCUCUUGAAUUCUGAACUAAUUCGUGUCGCGAUACCCGUCAUAUACAACAUAUGCAUGGAUUAUGAGCCUGCCCAGUCGCAAGUGGCUGCAAAUCAAAUUGCGUAUAUACUGUCGAAACUCAUAAACGAUGGAGCAGUCAAGGGGGCUGCACUACUCACUUUUGCUUAUGAGCUCAUCGAAUUUGCAGCAGAGCAAGACGAGUCCUCCAGCGAGGAAGUCCAAGCGCUGGCACAGGUGCGACUCAAGAUGAACCAAGCACUGGCGGAACUAUCUUCAUCAACUCUGUUCUCAAGAUUUUACCCGCUGGGCUCGCCUCUUUCUCAAAAGCUGAGAUCUUGGCUAACGGCAGGCGAAGACCAACUCCAGGUUUGUUCCAGCAUCAUGCUUGGAAAUAUGGCAAGGUCCGACGAGGCAUGCCGAAUGAUGGUUCAAGAUAUGAACAUACAUAAGGAAUUGAUAGCGGUGCUGAACAGCAAUGCCAGAGGCGUUGUUCUGCACUCUACCCUAGGCUUCCUAAAAAAUCUGGCCAUCGCAGGAGAUAACAGGUCGUAUCUUGGUGAUGCGGGGGUGAUACCUGCUAUCUCCCGUUUAUGGGCAUAUGAGACAUUACCUCAGGUGCAAUUCUCGGCCGUCAGUCUUACCAGACAAGUCAUAAUCUCGUCCGUUGAGAAUAUCUCGAGGCUUCUCGACUCACCUUCAUCUCCUCCCUCAACUGAUUCUGAUUCGUCGAAUGAUAGCAAGACAUAUCUCUCUUUGCUACUUGCUCUCUUCGAAAAAACGGACUCCACGCCAAUCAAGACCGAAAUUGGGCGAACUGUCGCUUCGAUAUGCCGAACCAUCGCCACGCCUGCAGUGAUCGAAGAGAACAUCGAGAUCAAGGGCCUCUUUCACCGGUUCUUCAGUUUGCACAAUGAGAUUGCACGCCCUAUAGGCUCAAUGAUCACCCAAACACAAUGGCCAGUUGUCCGAAGCGAAGGACUUUUUGCCUUAGCAUUGAUGGCAUCGAGCAAUUCUGGAUCGCUAGCAGUUCUUGACUGUCUACAAAACAGCGAGGUGCUCCAACUCAUCAAGGACACUCUUAGUGCUGAAGCCUCUACGUCACAAGAAGAGAACAACGAGGAUCAAGUCAAAAAGGAUCGGGACAACGUCAUCAUCCUCGUGAAAGAAUUAUCAAACUUGAAUUUGGCCGAGAAUGGAGACGGUGGUGAAGAGACGGGGGAGAUGCAGAUGUUGAAGGUGUCCCAAAGAGAGGUACAGAAAACUCUCACGGAAGACGCGCCUGGCAAGUCGCUUUUCGUGUUCUGGUACUGCUAUAUAUACGACCCGAUUGCAACAGGUCUCCGGUUUGUUCGCCUGGUCAUCAUCUUCAUGCCGGUCAUCCUGGCAGUGCCUCUGGUAUGGAUGGGGAGACGCAUAAACUCGGGGAAUGGAACACGGUCAGGAACAAUUUGGUGGUAUGGCUUCCUUGUACGGGCAAUGGAACGUGCCGGCCCUGCUUUUAUUAAGCUAGGGCAAUGGGCAGCUUCACGCACCGAUAUAUUUGCUCCUGAAUUAUGCGCCAUUAUGUCAUCUCUACACUCGAAUGCGCCUGCACAUCCACUGCAUGCAACAAAAGAGACCAUACGCAAGGCCUUUAACGACUUGCCGUUUGAAGAGAUAUUUGAAGAGUUCGACGAGGAACCGUUGGGCGUCGGCGCAAUCGCGCAGGUCUACAAGGCAAAGCUUAAGCCGAGUCUGACUUCGUCAUAUGAUCAAGACAUCUUGCACCAGCCAGAGAGCCUGACUGGAAAAGUACGAAAGAACGUUGACGUGUUGGUGAAGAGUUCCCCUCACCGAGUUCCGUCGUCCUAUGUUGCUGUCAAGGUGCUUCAUCCGAGAGUCGAUCGUGUCAUUCGGAGAGACUUGCGGAUCAUGGGAUUCUUUGCCUCGUUGAUCAAUGCUCUUCCUACAAUGCACUGGCUGUCGCUACCCGACGAAGUACAUCAAUUUGGAGAAAUGAUGAAACUGCAAUUGGAUCUUCGGAUAGAAGCAGCGAAUCUUGUGGUUUUUCGCGAGAAGUUCAAAUCACGGACUACCGCCUGGUUUCCGUACCCUUAUAUGGACUACACAACUCGUGAGGUUCUGGUGGAGGAAUUUGCGCAGGGGAUCCCUUUGUCCACCUUCCUAGACGUUGGAGGCGGAGUGUAUCAAGAGGAGAUCGCCAACGAAGGGCUGGACGCCUUUCUACAUAUGCUGCUGAUCGAUAAUUUCGUCCAUGCAGACCUACAUCCCGGGAAUAUCAUGGUUCGCUUUUACAAGCCCAGCGAGCUUGAUCUGUCAUUGCGAAAGGACACGCGUGCGUCAGAGGCACCGACUCGAGCGGAACUCGAUGUGACCGAAGCUGUUCUCGCGCGUUUGAGACCGCAUAGCAAGGACCCCAAGAAGUGGACCGCAGCUCUUGCCCAACUCAAUGAAGAAGGCUACAGACCGCAACUCAUCUUCAUUGACACCGGCUUGGUGACCCAGCUCAAUGAGGUCAACCGAAAGAAUUUCCUCGACCUGUUCCGCGCUGUUGCCGAGUUUGACGGAUAUAAAGCCGGUCAUCUCAUGGUUGAGCGUUGUCGCCAACCUGAUCAAGUUGUCGACAGUGAAGUAUUCGCAUUGAGAAUGCAGCACCUAGUGCUGGGCGUCAAGUCGCGCACCUUUGCGCUCGGCAAUAUUAAGAUCGGUGACGUCCUGAGCGAGGUGCUGUCAAUGGUUAGAAGCCACCACGUCCGCCUGGAGGGAGAUUUUGUCAACGUCGUCAUUUCUAUUCUUCUGCUCGAAGGCAUAGGCCGGAAUCUGGAUCCAGAUCUGGAUUUGUUCAAAAGUGCCCUCCCUAUUCUCCGUCAACUGGGUUCAAGCGCUACGCUCUUACAGUCCGUUCGCUCUGGAGACACGUCCAUGCUUCGCGUUUGGGUUGGGCUUGAGGCGCGUACCUUCCUCCAAGCGAGUAUCGAGAGCGUGGAGCGUUGUGUCAAAUAUGACCUUUUAUCCCCCAAUAUCUAA